GACGUGGAUUGUAAAGUUCGAGUUCUUCGCCCUUUUGUUUGUCGGUUGUGUUUUCCAACACGAAAACCUUUUCAUCUGUUUCUCCCAAAACAAACAAACCUUUGAUUUCAGUUCUUCCUCAAUUCAACUUCUACAAGAGGAUUGUGCUGUUUUCUUCUACCUACCCUUUUAAUUUCUCUGAUCACUUCACACAAAGACACAGGUAGAAAAGGUCUAUGAAUUAUUGCUGUUCAUCUGGUUCUGUUGCGCGUUUGUGCUAGCAGAAUUCAAAGGAAGUCUAUGAUCACGGUUUAAGCUUUAAAACCCUAUAGGAGUUCCGUCAAUGAAAUUUACUGACAAUAAGUUAUUGGGACUGGGAGUUAGGGAUAUACUCUUUGCUUAGAGACAAAUUCUGUCUAUAUUCAGCAAAGCUUGUAAAUUUUGGAGUUGGGAUGAGCUUAGGAUUACUGCAUGCAACAUUCUUGUUUAUCUUGCAAUCGUAUUGGUAAAGAAAGUUUUUUCCAUUUUAGUUUCAUUACUAUAAGCAAGCUAAUAUUGUUAUUACUGGGGAAGCAGCACCCAUUUAUGGCCAGCGUUGAAUGGAUAGAUAGGAUAAUAUCUGAAGGGGCCGUUCCACUUCUUGAGCCAGACAAUUGUUCAAACGGUUGGGCUACACCUCCUGGUGAUGUAUUCAUGGUCAGAGGCCCUGAGUAUUUUAAGACAAGGGUUAAGAUUCCUGCUGGUGAUUAUCUGCUGAAGCCUCUUGGUUUUGAUUGGAUUAAAAGUUCUGUGAAAAUUGGGGAGAUAUUAAACGAUCCAAAUAGUAGAGUUAGGAAGGUCAUUGAUGAUGAGUUUUCAGCAGCUGAAAAACCCUUUGUAUGGGCCUUCAAUAUUCAAGUUCCAAACAAGGAUAACUAUAGUGCCAUUGCUUAUUUUACAACCAAAGAGAGAGUUCUUGAGGAUUCCCUAGUGGAGAAAUUUUUGAAGGGUGACAAUGCAUUCAGAAACUCAAGACUAAAGCUGAUUGCCAACAUUGUAAAAGGUCCUUGGAUUGUUAGAAAAGCUGUUGGAGAACAGGCUAUUUGUGUGAUUGGGCGUGCCCUUUCCUGUAAAUAUUGCACAGGAGAGAAUUUCAUUGAAGUAGAUAUUGAUAUAGGGUCUUCCAUGGUUGCAAGUGCAAUAGUUCAUUUGGCAUUUGGUUAUAUCUCAACUCUGACUGUUGACUUGGCUUUUCUUAUUGAGAGCCAAGAUGAAUCAGAGCUUCCUGAAAAAAUUUUAGGUGCAUUCAGAUUUUCUGAUCUUGAUCCUGCUUCAGCUAGAUCAGUUGAACCAUCAUCUGUUGUGAACUGUGACGAUGUACAAACAUCUUUACCUACUAGAUUGUGGAAGUCAAUUGGACAGGGCUUUUCCCAUAUUCUUCAUUCAGGUCCUCAAGAAGAUGGUUCUUCUUCUGAUUCACAACAUGCUAAAAUUGUAGCAGAUCACAACGAUAAUCCAACUGAAGUCAAAAACUGAUAUAUUGGAGGAAUUGAAAGGGUGUGGAGUUCCAUUUGAGAUGAUUAUUCUUUUAGCCAUUUUUUUAUUAUUCAGUUCAUAGCAUCUGUUGUAUUACUUGAUUCUUUCCUGUGUCAGUAUUUUGUAAUACUACAGAAACUUAGAAACCUUAAGAGUGGCUACAUUUUUUUAGCUGGACUGUUAUGUAUAUCUCUUAAAGUAAAAUCUACUGUUUAUAGUUGAUGGAUUA